AUGAUCUGUAGUCUCGACAAGACACUUCAAGCUUUAUACAAAAUUGCCCACGACAACAGCAAUAACCGGGCCUUUGGACUCCCAGGUUACAAGGCAUCGCUUGAUUUUGUUCUUUCUCGUUUGGGCGGCGGUAACCACUUCGCUAUCACAGUUCAGCCAUUCAAGAAUCUCUUUUCCCAAACUCGAAAGAUUGUUUUGACAGGUCCCGAUGGAGAACACGUCGAUGUGGUCUCACUACAGUACAAUCACGCCACUCCCCUACCCGACGGAGUAACGGCCUCUUUGGCCCUCAUCCCCAUAGACGAUGUUCGUGGCUCAGGCUGUUUCGAAGACCAAUGGAAAGACAUCGACGUCAAAGGGAAGGUUGCUUUGAUCAAGCGCGGGAAAUGCCAGUUUGCAAACAAGCUCAAAUUGGCCAAGGAUAACGGUGCUUCAGCAGCCAUCGUCUUCAAUGAUAAUCCCAACCAAACGGCGGGAUCCGGCUCCCUCGGAGCUGAGAACUUUGGUAAACUUGCACCUGCUGGUGUCGUCACGUACGACAAGGGAAAUUCUUGGGCCGAACGUCUUAAAGCAGGGGAGAACCUAGAGGUCAAUCUGACCAUUGAUGUCUUGACUGAAAAGCGCGAAACUUGGCAGAUCAUUGCAGAUACCAAGGCUGGUGAUUCUAACAGUGUUGUGAUGCUGGGUGCUCAUCUUGACUCUAUUCAGGAAGGCCCUGGCAUUAAUGAUAACGGAAGCGGUGUCGCCGCCCUACUCAGCAUCGCCGAGUCAGUCAAGAAGUAUAAAAACUUCAAAAACAAGCUUCGAUUUGCCUUUUGGGGCGCUGAAGAGAGUGGGAUGAUUGGGUCGACUUACUAUGUCUCCAACUUGUCCAGGGAUGAGGCCAGCAAGAUACGAUUUUACUACAACUACGACAUGAUUGCCUCUCCACAGCCUUACUACAUCGUAUAUGCUAACUCCAAUGCACACAAAUCUGGCGCGAAAUAUCUCUAUGAGUUUUUAACUAAUAAAGGGUAUCCCGCUGAGUACACACCCUUUGGGGCGUCUUCAGACUAUGUGGGCUUCCUUGAACUUGGUAUUCCCACAUCCGGUAUCUUCACAGGCGCUGGUGUUCCGCAAGAUGCUUGCUAUCAUACUCCGUGUGAUGACAUCAAGAACAUCAACCGGGAAGCAUUCCUCGUCAAUGCUAAGGCUGCCGGCUACGCCGCUGCAAGUCUUGCCUUGAGUGUAGAUGAGGUACCUAUGCAUGAAAGCUCAACUGUCAACCCUUUGAGCAAGCGCGGAGUAGCAAGAAACAUGGUUCGGUGGGCGAAUGUUGCCCGAGGUGCAGAGAAGGUGCACAGCUGUGGGAGUGAGAGGAAGGUCUUUAUGUGAGGCAUUGGUUAACGAUUGUCAAGUACUCUACACAUGAUGGAGGUUUGUUUCACCGUAUUUUCAACUUUUGAAUAAUGAUGAAAUUAUUUGCU